AUGAUUGCAGGAGUGAGAACCAGCUGCAGGACAAUAUCCCCGGCCCUCACGGCACUGAUGCAAGACCUGUCCGUGCUAACCACAGACCUGUCUGUGCUAACCACAGACCUGUCCGUGCUAACCACAGACCUGUCUGUGCUAACCACAGACCUGUCUGUGCUAACCACAGACCUGUCUGUGCUAACCACAGACCUGUCCGUGCUAACCACAGACAUGUCCGUGCUAACCACAGACCUGUCUGUGCUAACCUCAGACCUGUCCGUGCUAACCUCAGACCUGUCCGUGCUAACCACAGACCUGUCCGUGCUAACCACAGACCUGUCCGUGCUAACCUCAGACCUGUCCGUGCUAACCUCAGACCUGUCCGUGCUAACCUCAGACCUGUCCGUGCUAACCACAGACCUGUCCGUGCUAACCUCAGACCUGUCCGUGCUAACCUCAGACCUGUCCGUGCUAACCUCAGACCUGUCUGUGCUAACCUCAGACCUGUCCGUGCUAACCUCAGACCUGUCUGUGCUAACCACAGACCUGUCCGUGCUAACCUCAGACCUGUCUGUGCUAACCUCAGACCUGUCUGUGCUAACCACAGACCUGUCUGUGCUAACCUCAGACCUGUCCGUGCUAACCUCAGACCUGUCCGUGCUAACCUCAGACCUGUCCGUGCUAACCUCAGACCUGUCCGUGCUAACCUCAGACCUGUCUGUGCUAACCACAGACCUGUCCGUGCUAACCUCAGACCUGUCCGUGCUAACCACAGACCUGUCCGUGCUAACCUCAGACCUGUCCGUGCUAACCUCAGACCUGUCCGUGCUAACCUCAGACCUGUCUGUGCUAACCACAGACCUGUCCGUGCUAACCUCAGACCUGUCCGUGCUAACCUCAGACCUGUCCGUGCUAACCACAGACCUGUCCGUGCUAACCACAGACCUGUCCGUGCUAACCUCAGACCUGUCCGUGCUAACCUCAGACCUGUCCGUGCUAACCACAGACCUGUCCGUGCUAACCUCAGACCUGUCCGUGCUAACCACAGACCUGUCUGUGCUAACCUCAGACCUGUCCGUGCUAACCUCAGACCUGUCCGUGCUAACCUCAGACCUGUCUGUGCUAACCACAGACCUGUCCGUGCUAACCACAGACCUGUCUGUGCUAACCUCAGACCUGUCCGUGCUAACCACAGACCUGUCCGUGCUAACCACAGACCUGUCCGUGCUAACCACAGACCUGUCUGUGCUAACCUCAGACCUGUCCGUGCUAACCUCAGACCUGUCUGUGCUAACCUCAGACCUGUCUGUGCUAACCUCAGACCUGUCCGUGCUAACCUCAGACCUGUCCGUGCUAACCUCAGACCUGUCCGUGCUAACCACAGACCUGUCUGUGCUAACCUCAGACCUGUCCGUGCUAACCUCAGACCUGUCCGUGCUAACCUCAGACCUGUCCGUGCUAACCUCAGACCUGUCCGUGCUAACCACAGACCUGUCCGUGCUAACCUCAGACCUGUCUGUGCUAACCUCAGACCUGUCCGUGCUAACCUCAGACCUGUCUGUGCUAACCACAACUGUCUGUGCUAACCACAGACCUGUCCGUGCUAACCACAGACCUGUCCGUGCUAACCACAGACCUGUCCGUGCUAACCUCAGACCUGUCCGUGCUAACCACAGACCUGUCCGUGCUAACCUCAGACCUGUCCGUGCUAACCACAGACCUGUCCGUGCUAACCACAGACCUGUCCGUGCUAACCUCAGACCUGUCCGUGCUAACCUCAGACCUGUCCGUGCUAACCUCAGACCUGUCCGUGCUAACCACAGACAUGUCCGUGCUAACCACAGACCUGUCCGUGCUAACCACAGACCUGUCCGUGCUAACCUCAGACCUGUCUGUGCUAACCUCAGACCUGUCUGUGCUAACCUCAGACCUGUCCGUGCUAACCUCAGACCUGUCCGUGCUAACCUCAGACCUGUCCGUGCUAACCACAGACCUGUCCGUGCUAACCUCAGACCUGUCCGUGCUAACCACAGACAUGUCCGUGCUAACCACAGACCUGUCCGUGCUAACCUCAGCCUGUCCGUGCUAACCUCAGACCUGUCCGUGCUAACCACAGACAUGUCCGUGCUAACCACAGACCUGUCCGUGCUAACCACAGACCUGUCCGUGCUAACCUCAGACCUGUCUGUGCUAACCUCAGACCUGUCCGUGCUAACCUCAGACCUGUCCGUGCUAACCACAGACCUGUCUGUGCUAACCACAGACCUGUCUGUGCUAACCUCAGACCUGUCCGUGCUAACCACAGACCUGUCCGUGCUAACCACUGACCUGUCCGUGCUAACCUCAGACCUGUCUGUGCUAACCACAGACCUGUCCGUGCUAACCUCAGACCUGUCCGUGCUAACCUCAGACCUGUCUGUGCUAACCUCAGACCUGUCCGUGCUAACCACAGACCUGUCCGUGCUAACCUCAGACCUGUCCGUGCUAACCUCAGACCUGUCUGUGCUAACCUCAGACCUGUCCGUGCUAACCUCAGACCUGUCUGUGCUAACCUCAGACCUGUCUGUGCUAACCUCAGACCUGUCUGUGCUAACCUCAGACCUGUCCGUGCUAACCACAGACCUGUCUGUGCUAACCACAGACCUGUCCGUGCUAACCACAGACCUGUCCGUGCUAACCUCAGACCUGUCCGUGCUAACCACAGACCUGUCCGUGCUAACCACAGACCUGUCCGUGCUAACCUCAGACCUGUCCGUGCUAACCACAGACCUGUCCGUGCUAACCACAGACCUGUCUGUGCUAACCACAGACCUGUCCGUGCUAACCACAGACCUGUCUGUGCUAACCACAGACCUGAAGCUGCCUGGAAUAAGCCCUAUUAGGGUUGGGGAUCGACAGACAGGGUUGUGCGGCGGCUACAGUGGGAUGUGGCGUCCUCCUGAGACUCGGCGCUUGUGGGGAGAGCACCUCAAACACUUCAAACACGUACACAUUGAAUCAGGCAGAACGAGAGCAGUCAAACAGGAGGCUGUGAGCGAGAUCUGGGCUCCUCCGCAGAAAACAACAAGAGGCGUUCGCAACAUAACAAACAUUUGA